GGCGCGUAAACUCAAGUCUGUUGUUGUUAGCCGCUACAGCUAACGACAACGAACUCCAAACUUUUACACUUAACAUUUUAUUUAUAUGUUCAUGUGAAUAUACACCUUGGCUCCGCUUUAGUACGGACUUUUCUGUCACUGGGUUUGGACUGUGAUUACUGUAAAGAUGACCUCUGCUCUGUCUGAUCCCACCCUGGAGAGGCAUUUUAGGGGCCACAGGGACACAGUGGCAAGUGUGGACUUCAGUGCAACUAUGAAACAGAUUGCCACAGGUUCUUCUGACUCCUGUGUAAUGAUAUGGAACAUGAAGCCUCAGAGUCGAGCCUAUCGUUUUGAUGGACACAAAGACGCUGUAACAUCAGUGCAGUUUUCUCCAUCGGGACAUCUUGUAGCUUCUGCUUCUCGAGAUAAGAGUGUACGAAUAUGGGUGCCCAGCCUGAAAGCUGAGUCAACGGUGUUCAAAGCUCACACGGCCACAGUGCGGAGUGUGAGUUUUUCUGGAGAUGGACAGAAUCUGGUCACAGCUUCAGAUGACAAAACAGUCAAAGUUUGGACGGUGCAUCGACAGAAGUUUCUUUUCUCUCUAAAUCAACACAUCAACUGGGUCCGCUGUGCCAGGUUUUCUCCAGAUGACCGUUUGAUUGUGUCAACCAGUGAUGAUAAAACCAUUAAGUUAUGGGACAAAAACAGUAGAGAAUGCAUUCACUCCUUUUAUGAAUAUGCUGGAUAUUCAAACCAUGUAGACUUCCAUCCAAGUGGCACAUGUAUCGCUGCUGCUAGUACUGACAACUCUGUGAAAGUCUGGGACAUCAGGUCUCAUAAGAUGCUACAACAUUAUCAAGUGCACAGUGGUGUAGUCAACAGUCUGUCGUUCCAUCCAAACGGUAACUUCCUUAUAACUGCGUCUAGUGACUCCACAUUGAAGAUCCUGGACCUGCUGGAGGGAAAACUGCUCUACACGCUUCAUGGACAUCAGGGUCCUGUAACCUGUGUGGCAUUCUCCAAAAAUGGCGAGUACUUUGCUUCUGGAGGCAAUGACGAGCAGCUGCUGGUGUGGAAGACAAACUUUGACGCAAUUGAGUUUAUGGACAGCAGGGGGCAGCAGCUCAGGAGCGGCUCUGGACCUGAAGCUCCACGUGCUCACAUCACAGUCAGCUCAGAGCCACAGAGCCAGAAUUCAGAAGCAGCAGAGGUGACCCGACCAGACUCCCACUCUUUAAGUCUCAAUGGCCGAUCAGAGCCACCCCAACCCCACAGAAAACCCAGCCUGACCUCCUCCACCUCUCACCGGGCCCCGUCUAAGUCUAGUGCCCCCCCCUCACACCCACAGGAACCGGCCUCAGAGGGAGGCCUGACCACCACCCUAGAGCACAUCAUAGGUCAGCUGGAUAUCCUCACCCAGACAGUUUCGAUCCUGGAGCAGCGCCUCACUCUGACAGAGGACAAACUGAAGGAGUGUUUGGAAAACCAGAUGGAGCUGAGCACCCUGCUGCAGAGGAGAAACCAGGAGUGAAACUUUACACUUUAACACAGGGAGGUGCUCCCCCAAAACACACAAUUUUACUGUAAUGUACCGUCUGUGUGCGUGUGUCACUCUACAAAAAAGGCUCACCUCAACUGCUCUUAGAAUGCAUCAAUCAAGCAAAUUGACUACAUGGAAAUAUAGUGUUUCCUGUUGAAGAGACUACUGAGACUAUAGAGUCGAGGUGACCAGACUCUUUCCUUUCAUUUGUUGAACAAUAUACUAGUAGAUGUAAGAGCGAAAUGCCAUAAAUGUGAAAACCUUUAAGGCAUAAUCUAUGUAAAUUAAUUAAAUGGAAGCUAUUUCGGAGGACAGACCAGUGUCUCUGUAUUACAGUUUGAUCACAUGGAAACUAUUCAGUGUUGCCUAUCAAAGGUUUCAACUAGACAGCCAGUUUUUUCCUUCCUAGGUUGAACAAAAUGGUUGUUAUAUGAAUACAAGAGCCAAAUUCCACUGUUUUGCAUGAGUGAACAAUAAAAAUGGAGGGACAGGAGGAGGAGGACAGACUACUUAGGCUUUGCUUGCUACUCAAUUUGAUUCAAAGUAAAUAUCACAUACAAACCUUAGCACUUCCUCAAAUCAAAGAAAAUAUGCACUAUGUAACUUUUUCUGGUUGAGGUUUGCCACCUGCUUGUCCCUGUGGGAUGUUAUUGAUUGUUAUUGAUGUUCCACAGUAUAGCAUGGAACAUAUUUCCAUGGAGACAAGCAGGUGGUGCCACCAGUCCAAGUUUCAUGUUGAAUAUGUGGAGAAGUUAGACCUUUUUCAAAGUAUUGUUGGCAAUAAAUGCAUUUGUAAUUGAAUUAAAUUAGCUUAAUUCCAUACUGUGGAACAUUCCAGGCAAAGCUAUAACAUUUCCAUGGUAGUGGACCCCCUAUGUGAAAAGUUGUGCCUACAGUUUUGGAGAUUCAGUAACAUGGGUUUCACCUUCCUCUUAUAUGGUACCAUUUUUAAGUAUGACGGCCCAUUCAAAAGAUAUAAUAUUGUUAAAUUAGGUGUUAUAGCAAUUUUCAUCAUUCUGAAACCCGUAGAUGGAAUUUUAUAUAUUUUUGACAUUUUUUCUGUCUUGAAAUGCACCAACUUUGAGCAGAAACGGCAUUAAGCCUGAUGUAUCCCAACCACACAAACAAAUGUAAUGAUAAAGAGAUGUUCUCAUAUUGACCUAGGUCAGACUUUAUGUUUUAGAUGUUUGCUUCUUCCCCUGGUCUGCUCUCACCUGAAAAGCCUUAUAAUGGUGCAUGUUUCAGUGCUUCUUUAGUCCAGGAGGCGGCACACACCUGUAGAAGCCGUUAGCUUGGUGCUGAGAGAGCAGUCUCAGGUUUGUGCUGACGAAGGAGCGGCUGCUGUUUAUCACUGUAGCUCUGCGUUUUUGUGAGUGCUAAUAGAGACACAUGCAAAAGUAAAACACAUUUGAGUUUGAAUCUGCAUUUCUGUAUGAGAGAUGCACAUUAAAGUGGGGGUAUUACACAAAAUCUAGAUUUUUGAGCUUUCUACUGUUAUAACUAUUCCUCAUCAAAAACAUGCCUGAAGAGGUUUGAUCUGUCAUUCAUACAUGUUUGAGUAAUCUAGUGAUCUCUCCUGGGCCCUCUUUGAGCCCUCUUUAUGGUCUGUCCAAUGUUCAGCCCACAAGCCGACGUCACCCAUGCUCCCACAGGGCAGUUUCCAUAAAUAUACAAAAGCAGGAUACAAAACAAUACGCUACAUUUAUUGUUUGCAAAGCUAUAAAAGGUAACAUGGUGAUCUAAAAAUAUUCUAAUACCCCAUAGAAAUGCAAUACCCCCUUUUUAAGAAGAAACUCUCAAAUUUUGUAUGCUAGUCCUACAUAAUUCAGUCAUUUCUUAUCAUCAGUGAUAAACUUAGAUAUUUUGAAUUGAGAGGUCUACAGUGAGUCUUGUGUCAGUAAAACAUGUGGCUUGGUUCAGACUUUGAAAGAAGAAUACUGACCAAGUUUUCCUGUGUAGUUUCUGUUCAGGAAAUAAAUACUGAAAAUCGACUGUUAUGGAUUAUGCAUUUUGGAAGGAGUACCUAUAGGUCAGGAGUGCCUAGUCUAGUUUAGUUUUGUUCUAAGUUAUGAUUUUCCUUUCCACACCAAAUGUUUUUUUAUUUAAUUAGCACUGAGACUGUAAUUAUUUUUUGUGAAGAGAGAAUAAUCCUUUAUACCUUUUUCUCUCAAAGAGGCAUGUUUCAGCCUUAUAACUUAUCUUCAAAACUUGUACUUGAACUGGUGAACUCCAGAAAUGAAGUAGUCUAUUUUAAGUGCCUGUUC